CUGGGGAUAAGUGGAUGACUGACACAGCAUCAAACUAGCAACGGUGAAUUUGGUUUGUUUAGAAGUCACUGGAUAAAUUACAAACCAGUCGAAUAAAACUGCUUUUUUCUCCGGCCUAACAGGGCAAUGAAAUAAUCGUACCCACCCUUGUUCUCUAAAUGGAAACACAGGUACAAAUGAAAAUGGCACAUAGUGAAUUUCAAGAGGACAAACCCAAAGAAGCAGUGGAGGAAAUCACGGAGGAUCAAUUCCUCAAAAACCUCUACCUUUUUAUGAAGAAGAGAGAUACACCCAUAGAAAGGAUCCCACAUCUGGGCUUCAAACAAAUUGAUUUAUUUGUGAUGUUCAAGACUGUCAAUGACUUGGGUGGCUACCACCAGGUGACUGCUCAGCAAUUGUGGAAACAAGUUUACAAUACACUUGGUGGAAACCCUCGAAGUACAAGUGCAGCCACCUGUACCCGCAGGCACUAUGAGAAGUUGCUGCUGCCGUACGAAUGCCAUGUGAAAGGCAUAUCAAUGAGGUCCGUGCUGCCUCAUCAUCAACCAAAGCCGUUCCACUUUACCGGCUGCAGUGAAAUCGAUGAUGGCCAGAGACCACCCAAACGCAGGGUGAUAGCUAUACCAGGGCCCCAGAACCCUCAUAACCUCCAGGUAGACCAACACAGGAGUCUCUUCCCUCUGCCUCUCCACUACCCUCCCUACUACCAACCAAGCCAGACAGCUCUGCCCCCCUACAUCCCUAUUCCCCCCUCAGUGUUGCCAACACAAUUCCCCCCUCCUCCCAAGCCCCAAUUCCCUUACACUCCAACUUGUCUAAACUCAGCAGUCGGGGUAAGGGAGCCAUUAAAGCACUUGCGUUACCUGGCAGAGCAGUACAAGACCUCAUCUGGAUUGGCUGAGCCCCUGAACCUCAGCAUUAAAGCUUCAGCCCAGGAGACCAGCAUCAACCCUGUCUCAUCAUUCUCCCCACCCAACCCGAAGUUUCUGAACAAACCAUCCACACUAUACACCCAUCAUCGUGCCGGGGUCCUGACAAAGGAAGGACGUGAGACACAAGACAGUGAGUCAAGUGAAGGAGUCACACCCUCUCCAUUAACCAUAGAAGUACAGGAGGCACACGUCAUUGAUGACAACGUGGUGACACCAUCAAGCAGCCCCGUAUAUGACUCUGCUCUGCCGCUGGGAACAGCUAAUGAUCCUGCUGCAAUGGCACAAAAACCCAGCUCUCCGAAAAUAGACCUUACAGCUGAGUCAAAAGAAGAAGCAGAGGAGAGACCAGAAGAGAUGGGGCUCAACCUUAGUCAAAUACUGCCCAGGCUUCCACAAGAGAAGGAUGGCAAGAUGGAAAUUGAGAUACCCCUGUCAAUGUUUCAUAAAUUGCUCAAGAUGUGUCAGUCCUCAGCAAUGAUACAUGAAAGUAAGGCUCCUCUUCCCACUCAGGAGCAACACUCUGAACGAAGGAAAUGGCCCAACACAGACACUUUUCCCACCAACCCGACAUUUCACAUGAAUCCCCAUCACCAGAAUUCAGCUCUAAGUCUGAGAAAUGUGCCAAACCCCACUCAGAUGAACAGCAGUCACAACAAUAAAAGCCAAAAUUAUUUGACGAGCGCCAAGCCUUUGCCUUCAGCUGAUGUUCUGAAAAAUGCAGCCAGCCAGGACAUCUUGUCAUAUGAUCAGCAGGAUAUUAAUAAGUUAUACAAGUCAUCAGAUUCCUGGUAUGCCCACGAGAGUGCGACCCAGUCUUCCCCCUUUGAGGUGGAAAGCGACUCUAGCCCACCCAGGGAGCAAGAGUUUGCUUCUAAAUUCUACAACGACAUCCAGGGAGGGAAGCAGAAGACGGAGCUGGGGUCUUCAUCUGUGCUCAUGCUCAAUUCCAGCUCCAGUUCUCUGUUACAGCUCACCACCGAAGAAGUCAUGAAGCUAAAGAAAAUCAUAUCCAGCUCAUCGUAGAGACCAGUUAAGCCAAUAACACAAACAUACCAACACCACAUUAAAGCUGACUCGUGCUCAUGUACAUACUGUAUCAUAUUACAGCUCUAUGUUUUGUUUAUACUUCAGAUUCAUUACCGAUUAAUUUGCGAGUGUCAGGUGAACGAAACAAAACGGAAUACAAGGAAUCACGCAAAUAAUUAAGCAUCUUGAUUUAAAGAGAAUCUGCACUGUUUUUCAUGUAUUCUGUGCUGAAAUAUUGUUUGCAUGAUACAUUUAAUACUUCAGUCUUGUGCAAAUCUUUCAAAAUACACAUGAAGUAGAACUUGUUUAUUUGUUAAUAGAGUGAUCCUGUUGCCAGACUUUUAUACCAGUUAUGCUGUGAAAUUAAUCUGUAUAUAUAAUAAAUUCUUUUUAUCAACCUUUUGCAUUUUGAGACUUUGUAAUGUAUCUGGAAGAUGUGUUAAUGUGUAACAGGCGUACUUGCAUUGCCUCACAUUUAUUUUACUAAAUGUCUGGUAAACACCGUUUUGUUCUUUCUGUUUGUGAAAUAAUUCUUUAAAUCAUCUUAUUUGAC